AUGUUCAAUCCUGGCAAGGUCCUAGGUAUACCGGGCGAGGAUAUGCGGACAAUGUAUGCGGUUCUGAACAGGGCGAUCACCAACACUACAGGCUACUUGUACACUGACCUUGAGCACAAGGGACCAGGUGGACUGUACAUAGGAUCUCCGACCAACCUCGAGCCCAGACCCAUUGCCGCGCUUCGAGAGCUGUACGCGCAGAUCUUCGGUCAUGCCUAG